UCCCAGACUAGUGUGAGGCGGCAUCCGCGCUCCCCCGGCACCGAGCGGCAGCGCUAGCGGUAGGAGCAGCUUCGCCGCGGAGCUGGCGGAGGCGGCGCGGAUGGUGAGAGGAGCCGCCCGGCAGCGCCUGCCCCGCACUGGCCCGGCCUCCAGAACAACAGGCCUGGUGGAGAAGCCUUCUCGCAAACGGAAAUCCAGGACUGAAUUUGCCCUAAAAGAAAUCAUGUCAUCUGGAGGAGCUGAAGAUGAUAUCCCUCAGGGGGAGAGGAAAACAGUCACCGACUUUUGUUACCUACUGGAUAAAUCUAAACAGCUCUUCAAUGGCUUAAGAGAUUUGCCUCAGUAUGGGCAGAAGCAGUGGCAGUCCUAUUUUGGGCGAACCUUUGAUGUUUACACUAAACUCUGGAAAUUUCAACAGCAGCAUAGACAAGUACUGGACAAUCGAUAUGGAUUGAAGCGGUGGCAGAUUGGGGAAAUUGCCUCCAAGAUUGGGCAGCUCUACUACCAUUAUUACCUGCGGACAUCUGAAACCAGCUAUCUGAAUGAAGCCUUCUCCUUUUAUUCAGCAAUUCGACAGAGAUCCUAUUACUCCCAAGUCAAUAAAGAGGACAGGCCUGAACUGGUGGUUAAGAAGCUGCGUUAUUAUGCAAGGUUUAUAGUGGUUUGUCUUUUGCUCAACAAAAUGGAUGUUGUGAAGGACCUCGUAAAGGAAUUAUCUGAUGAAAUUGAAGAUUACACUCACCGCUUUAACACUGAGGACCAGGUGGAGUGGAACCUGGUUCUUCAAGAGGUGGCGGCUUUUGUUGAGGCAGAUCCUGUGAUGGUUUUAAAUGAUGACAAUACCAUCGUAAUCACCUCCAACCGACUGUCUGAAACAGGGGCCCCAUUGCUGGAGCAGGGAAUGAUCGUGGGACAGCUCACUCUUGCAGAUGCAUUAAUUAUUGGGAAUUGCAAUAACCAGGUAAAGUUCAGUGAAUUAACGGUUGACAUGUUCCGAAUGUUGCAAGCACUGGAAAGGGAACCAAUGAACUUGGCUUCACAAAUGAACAAACCUGGAAUGCAGGAGUCGACUGAGAAACCUGCUAGGCGGGAAAAUCCCCAUAAGUACUUGCUGUAUAAACCUACCUUCAGCCAGCUGUAUACGUUCUUAGCAGCAGCGUUUAAGGAGCUGCCUGCAAACAGUGUGCUGCUGAUCUACUUGUCGGCCACUGGCGUGUUUCCCUCAGGUCGUUCGGAUAGUGAAGGUCCAUAUGAUUUUGGUGGGGUCCUUACGAACAGUAACCGGGACAUUAUAAAUGGCGAUGCUGUCCACAAACGGAACCAAUCUUACAAGGAGAUGCACUGCCUUCACCCUGGUGAUCUCUACCCUUUCACAAGAAAGCCCCUAUUUAUCAUUGUGGACUCCUCAAACAGCGUUGCCUAUAAGAAUUUCACAAACUUAUUUGGACAGCCACUGGUGUGCUUGCUUUCUCCAACAGCGUAUCCAAAAGCACUACAAGAUCAGUCUCAGCGGGGUAGCCUCUUCACCCUCUUUCUGAACAAUCCUUUAAUGGCAUUCCUAUUUGUCUCUGGAUUAUCAAGCAUGCGCAGAGGAUUGUGGGAGAAGUGUCAAGAUUACCUUAGAAAAAUCAACCGGGAUAUCGCCCAGCUGCUGACCCAUUCUCGCUCCAUAGAUCAGGCCUUUCUUCAGUUUUUUGGGGAUGAAUUUCUUCGCUUACUUCUAACAAGAUUCGUCUUCUGCUCAGCCACCAUGAGGAUGCACAAAAUUUUCCGGCAGGAAACUCGAAAUUACCCUGAAACUUAUCCCCAACUGCCAAGAGAUGAAACCGUGGAGAACCCUCAUCUCCAAAAACACAUUCUGGAGCUGGCUUCCAUCCUGGAUGUUAGAAAUGUGUUCCUGGAAAACACCAUUGAUGACUAUUAAAAGAAAUACUUUUACUGUAAUAGGGUUUCCCUAGCCACAGACUUUGAAUGGUGCAGUUUUCUAAUGUGAAAAUCCACAAAAGGAGUUACUUGAUUUUAUUUUAAAAUUUAGGAUUUUUUUUUUUUUUUUUAAAUAGCUGUUAGCCCAGCUGCCCCAUUCUGUAUGGGGUCAAUUUUAUAAACAAAUCUUUUCACAUCUUUUAAAUGUUAAACUAAGGAAUCCCUGGAGUUUUGUUUUUUGUUUUUGUGGUUGAAAGCAACCACAUCUGGAUCAUAAGCAUAAAAGUAGUAUUGGUCAAUUUUAGCCCGCUUUAUGGAAAUCCUUUAUUUUUAUACAGUUUUAAAAAAUUGGAAGCAAAAACCCAAUAGAAUACCAAUACUUUAUCUCCAAAGAGUUUGGAUUUGAAAUGGUAAAGCUGGAAACACAUAAUGCAAACCGGCAAGAGCAAUAAAAGAAACAGCCCUUCAUAACAAAUAUAUAUAUUUUUUUUCAAUCUUAGGUGAGUAAUUAGACAAACUUGUGCUAGAACAAAUGGCAGUUGGAUCAGUGGGUUUGGAGUGAUGCUACAGAUGGAUCUCCUAACAUCUAGUGUUCCAUGUAAAUUGGUAAUUUAAAUCUUCUACUGAGCAGCACUGCUGACCAAGAACACAAGUCCCCUCCUGCCUGCUUGGGUGUAGAUAGCAAGCUGGUGGCAUACAUUACAAAAUUAAUAACGCUGGCCCCAUUUCCUCAGUAUAGUACAGUCUGCCCACCUCCAUAUCUUGGGUCAGAGCCAGCACCCUUCUGCCUGAAGAUGCUGGUCCAUAAUUCCUCUUGAGUUAGUUAAUAGAGCUGCUUAAUCACCGCAGGGGGCGGAGGGUGUCUCCCUUCUUACCUUGUUGAGUGAAUGAAGUGAGUGGCUUCCACAAUAUUCUCAGCCCUUGGUGAGUCUGUCCAGAAAUCAAACCAGUCUCCCGUAGUAGUACUGAGUUCCAGCCCUUCCCAACAGAGAAACACCUGGCAGGACACCUCUUGGUGCUGCUGCUGUUGCCUGCUUUAACAAUGGGAUAAUCUUUCAUGGGAUCCUUAUGACCCUAGAACUGCUUUUUUCAUAUGUUAUAAUGAUUAAUAAGUGCUGCCACAGAACACCACAGCCCUUCAUGCGCGUGGUGAGGACCCAUUGCUCCACCCCACUCCCUACCUGUCUGCUCUGAGUCCUGCUCUGACAGCAUUUUUCAAAUGAUCCACAGGCCGGCUGAGCAGAGGGAAGGUGUGCGAGGCACAUAGUCAUCAGCAAACCCCAAAACACAGUUAGUGGGGAUUGGUUCAUAGGUAUAUCAGCUUCUGCUGUGCCCCUUUAAUUGCACAAUAAUUCCACCCAGACCUAGACAACAUCCAGCAGGGCUCUAUAAAAUCUGCAUCAAGGAUCUGUACAAAAGCUACGGUAGAGAAGGUGCUUGCUGGAGAAGUAGGAGGGUAAAGCUACCAAGGCAAUGCCCUCCUAGCUUCAGAACAAGCUCCAGGAGCUCUUGCACCCCUUGACAGAAAGGAGGCAUGGAGGGGGGGAGGGUGGAAGCACUAGAACAGUAGAAGGAUUUUGGCUUCUACAAAGCAAAUGUUCUAAAGACCUAAGCUAAUAGCCUGUAGACACUCAGCUUUGAGACUGGCUCUACUUCAGUUACUGGCAGUAAAAAAGCCAGCUUGUCCCAAAGCCAAGACUGAAGCACAACAAAUUUUUGUAGGCUCCAGUGUUUGGUUUUUAAAUAUAUGUAAAAUGAAUAGUGGGCUUUUAACUGAAAAUACUCAUUCUAUCAAGAAGGCAUUCACUUUAAAUCCAGUGAAAGGCAAGUCUAUGGAGAUAUGGAUUGUAAUUUUUGUAUCUGAAAUUGCACAACAGAUUGUCAAAUGGCCUGAAAUGACAGGUCUAGAAAUAGUGGUAGCAAAGCAAACUGUGGUCAUCUUGUUUGUGUGAAUAUAAGGUGUAUGGUGCUGGAAAGGCUGUCUUUUGGCUUUUUGUUGUGCAUGGCUGUAUUGCUGUCUGAAGUGAAGGCCAGUGAGGUGCUCCCUGUACUGUAAUGCUGAAACCUCCAAUAGAGCAAGGACACCAUGCUGGACUCUGUUGUGUCCUUAGAGAACGUAGUGUAUGGUACCAAUGUGGAAUGUUUCAAGCCGUUACAUGAAAGCUGUUUUGUUCUGCGUUCAUUGUUCCAUUCCAAUGCUGGAAAAUGGGGAGGAGUUUGAGUAGCCCUUUAAUUUUGAGGUCUAGUCCAAUGUUUCAAUUUUUAAAAUGAGUUUGGUAGCUUACUUACCUUGGUGCCUACUUCAGUGGGCCUUUUCAGAAUCUCACAGUGAUGUGACCAUCUUCUUAAGACAGACUGGACUAGCCAGGGCCUGAGGGUGCUCCAGGUCAGGACUGAUGCCCAUCACCACUGCGGUAGGAGAGUCCAGUGCAGAACAGCGUGGGUGUUAGAGUAGGUGGCAUGAGUGGCGCUUCCAAAGCACUCGCUAGCACUGUGCUGGGCUGUAGCCAAGUCCUUCACUCCCAUGGGCACUAAAAAUCAAUGGAACAUUAUGAGAAGAAUUAUUUCUUUGAGCAGUUGGGGAUGCAGUUCUCGUCUGUGGAGCUGUGGUUCUUUGAUCAACCUUCUUUAGCUGAGAUUGAGUUUAUUUUAAAAUAUGUAUAUACUCGGUGUUUGUGUGUUCAUGUACAGUACACACCCACCUACCUGUUGGGUGUGCUUGUAAAUAUGUAUAGCUAUUUGUAUAUAGGAAGGUCUUGAGAUAAGAUAUGUAUAUAUAAAAAUUAUAUAUACACAUGGACACCAAUUGGAUUGCAUUCCAUGAGGGUGUUUUAGAAGCAUUAUUCAAGAUGCUGUAGCUGUUAAGUUUGUGCUUGCAUUACCAUUGUAAUCCUCUAUUUUCAGGGGCUUAUGUUUGAUAAAUGAAAUAAUUUGGGGCUAAAACUAUGUGCAGCAGGCCUCAUCCAGUGAGCAAUCACACAGUGGAGUGUUUGCAUUAAAGUUUAGGUUUUUUCUUUUGUCAUCACUUUCAUGGAGCAUCCUUUGUAUGCAGACACAUUGGGGAAGCCAUGUAGGACUAUGGAAAUCUCUGUAGUGGGUAUGGUGUAAUUUACCUCCAUUGGUGGCAUCCCUCUUGCCUUGUACUCCUCUGCUAUCUGGGCUUUAGAACAUCUAGCCAAGGUUACUAUUGUUGCCUUUUUCCCCUUGGUGUCUCAGAUUAACAGCAACAAACAGGGCUGUGGGGCUUCUUAUAAAUUCAGUAAUUUCUAACUCCUCCAAGUAUCAAAAGGUGCCACCACUUGGCUGCUUGUGCAUUAGACUCUGACAAAAAUGAAGGUGCAUGAACACCUGUGACGAAUGGAGUUGGACUCUGGAAAAGUCUCAAACAGUUUUUGUCCUGAUGGAUUUCAAAUAAUAAUCUUCAGCAAAUAGCGCUGAAGUAAUGGCUACUAGGAAACCCUUUCAGGGAGAGAAAAUGAGGACAUUUCUCUCCUAAGAUUCAAAGGGAGCAUAUAGGAAUGGGAAUUCAGGCUUCAGCAGGGGCACUUAUUAAUCUUUGGAAAUCUUAAAAUUUUAGCAGUUCUGUAAAAACUGACCCUUUGAGAAUGGGAGGAGACACUAAUACCUGUGUGUGAAUCUAUGGCUGCUCUUUGUACUGUGAGGGAGCAUACAUAGAAGCCCAAAUUCCAUACAAUGUUGUAGAUAUUGGAGAGUGGAGAAGGCUUCAUACUGAUUGAUUGGGCUUGAUUCCUUUAUCUUUUCAUUAGCAUCAGAACCAUAUCCAGACUUGUACAUAAACCUUUGAACCAAACUCCUUCCUGGAAGUU